AACUGGCUCAAGGGCAUCUCGCUGCUUGGGUUUGGCGGGCGAUUUGUGGCUGCAGUGGCAGAGGAGGACGUAGCAUCGUCUAUCCCAGGGUUCAGCAACCAUCUCCUCCCCUUCCCUGCCCAAGUCCCCUCCGCCAAUGCGUCUCGGGUGUGCUCGGCCCUUCCAGCCCUCCUGGCAGCUCAGCUCAUGCAGGCAGAGCAGGGCACCAUCAUCAGGUACGACGCGGUUCGAUGCGGUUUGAUGCGGUGA